UUGGUAUAGUAACCCACAACACAAAUGAUCUUUGUUUACCUUUUCAUCAAUGCUACCGCGCUCUCGUCCAACUCCACUUAAAUAAGGAAGGCCCCCAAAUUUUCACUUUUUUGACACACAGGGACUGUCUCAUCAUCAUGUCUUCUCACUUUAGUGCAAACCAGUAUGAACAAGCAUUUGACAGCAGAAGACUGCAGAACUUUCAAAUCCCUAAAACGUACAAAGAGAGACCUUCAUCCUAUGAGGGCUUUACCCAAAUCAUAGCCACUGACCGCGGCCAUCUAAAACCAGGCGUACCACGAUCUGAAGAUUCCCCUUGGGGUAAUUUCGUCGGGACGUGGGAUAUGCCAAAGAAGAUUCCCGGCAAUGUGACUACCUACAUGGCUAGAGGUGAUCCAGCCGUUGAGAAUAUCAAGAAGACAAGAGCGGAGCACAAUGAAUAUAUGAGACAAGCGGUUUCACCGGACAAGACUCUGUCACUUGAACCUAUGCCACAAGUUACUAAAGCUGCAGAAGAAGAUAGACCGUAUAACCCAAGCCCAGAAGCGCUAGCAUCAUAGAAAUAUAAUCACUACUUUGCCAUGAUCCUCAUCAAUAUAUUGUAUCUCCAUUCUCUGAUGGUUAUCAUGUGAAGUGAAAGGAUUUUCUUCUGUUUUGUAAAUGUAGAUUUGCGAAUAAUGCCAAAUUCUUCUUAAACAGUUACCAUAGAGACGCGAAUGUGAUUUAUACCUCAUUUUGAUUGACACUGCCAAGCAGAGAAAGUCAAAGAUGCUCUGAAUAUGUUAAAGAGACAAGCAUGCUAUAUGGUGGUCGUGUUGCGGACUGAAAUUAAUGUAAUAGCAAGGAUGGAUAUUUUAGGUAUUGCAUGGUGCAUGUUACACAAAGAGAAACAAUCAAUCUUACAAUCAAUUAUGAAUCUCAAUUUCCUGAAUUACUUCCAUUGACCAGUAAUUGAUCUCAUCUGUAAGAGUGAUUUAUCCUUCAGGUUUCUUGGCCCAGGGGUCCGUUGCAGAAAGAGUUGCGUUUAAACGCAAGUAAAAAAAUCAAUCGCAAGUCCCAAAUGCGCGCUGUUGAUUGGUUGAAAAUCAAGUUGCACAUGAUUUUAGAGUUGCGAUUGAUUGCAACUCUUUCUGCAACGGACCCCAGGUGGCAUACAAAUAAAUCAUGUACUUUAAAGUUCUAAGAAUCAGAUAUUCAUAACCAAAUCAAUACCUGGUUUAUAAUAUCAGUAUCACAGUGUCAAUUAUUUUAUGUGAUACUUGUAUUUGUCAUUGGCAGUUUUUAAUUUUCAUGAUAAAGACGGUCAAGGAUAGUUUUCUUGAAAGCUCUGUCCCCUUCUCUCUCCCUUUCUCUCUAGAGUUAUCAAUUUCCUUUAAGUGGUGUGGUAAAUGAAUCAUCUGAUUUUUUAAAAUCCUUACUUAUUAAUACUUGAAGAUGGAUUAUAUAAAGUGUUUGGAAAAGAUGAUUAUUUUGCUGUCAAAACAGGCACAUUUGCCCUAGUUCACAAAGGAAAUUUUGAACCAUAUAGUGGGAAUUUAAACCGUUCCUAGUUUUCUUUGCAAUUAAUUGGUCAAUGUCCAUGUGAAGAUCUGAAGAAAAUAUGUAAUUUGAUCUGGAUCGCGUAACACAAAGGAUAGCGAUUAAUCAUAAACUUGAUUUUCAUGAUUAAUUCUACAUUGUAGUCAAUGCAAUCAAUUGUAAAAAUAUGUUGUAUGAUGAUUGCUAAGCUUUGUGGUACGGGCCUGAGAGUAUGCGUAAAUCUCCAAAAGGAAUUCAAAUCGAUUUUGUGCAUUUGGGUCACUGUAACAUUUCACAAUUUUUCAUAGUAGUUUUUAGUGGAAAAAUUAUUUGCAUAUCAAUUUUUUUCUUGACAGAUAUUUUCUAAGAAUAAUGUGCUUUUUGAAUGUUUUUCUAGUGUUGAUUUCAGAAGAAAAUUUGCACCCCACGUAAUCAUGCAUAAUAACCUAUAAAUUAUCGGUUUGUCCAAGGUUGUGGAAUCAUUUAUUUCAUUUUGAAAUUAUGAUGCCAUCUGUUUGCCCAUGCAACUCUAACUAAGAGCCAGCUAUUGUAAAAUUUGAUGUAAACUAUGAUGGCAACAUAAUUUUAGUGAUAAAUGCAAAUGGUUGAAAGUAUGGUAUCCUUUCUUCCUUCAAAUAUUAAAGCAUUUGGUAUAAAUAUUGUGUAGAGAAAUAAAUGACGAAAAAAUUGUUGGUCUAUUGUGCAUAAUAUAAGACAUUGUCUCAUACAAUAUAUACCGGUACAAAGAACACCGAGUUAUGUGUAAAAAAAAUUAAAUCAUGUAAGUUAUGAAUUGUCAUUAAUAUAUGAAUCAUUUGUUUCUAUUCUAACAUGCUUUCUGCAAUUGUAAUAUUCGACUUAUUUCUUCUUUGGAUAUUGUAACUGUAUAUUAGAUUGUAAAUAUAUAAAUGGUGUAAAUUAAAUAUUAAAAAAUCUGAAAUUGA